AUGGAGAAUGAUCCAGGGUCGGUUGCUGAACAACGCGCCAAUGCGGUUGCAAAGCUCAAACGCGCUGCAUCUUUACCACGACUGAAAAAUGGAAGGCGGCCCCAGAUGCACAAUGAAGUUGUUAGCGAAGGCGAGAAAACCCUGCAUGAUGAUGUCCAGGAUCCAUCACAGGACACACCCCCCGAGUGCGUCUCCAAUAGCGACUACAAGCCGAUCGUACAGCCCGAAGAGAACCCAGGGUCGCCUGAGCCGUCGAAUGUAAACCGUAAACGCCGCUCACGUUCACGUUCACGUUCUAGGGGUUCCAAGGAUCUCAGAAAAUUCAAACCUCCUCAGUCUCCUUUGCCAACGUCUGUUACGCCCAGCAACGAUUCUUCUCCUGACGAUUCACCACCCUCGCGAGCUGAAUACCUUCCACAUUCAAUUCUCGCACCAAUACCCUCCCAUCUUAAUCCGUUACCCAAUUCUCCGUUCAUUUUACCUGGUUUCUUAACGGCAGAGAACCCUUUUCUACCUUCUGUACCUUCUGGUGCUUCUUCUCCUAUCCCAAGACUUCCCACAUUGGAGGCUCUGGUGUCACGUCAAGGGCUUCAACGAUCGAAUAGUGCAGGUGCAGCCCGCAUGCUAACUUUACAGAGCACAUUACAAAAGCUCACGGGUGGCACGGAAUUAAUGGAUUCAACAUUUCCAUCUCCAGCAAUGUCGCCUCCGCCUUCUGGCACUAAACUCGGUCGGAACAAUACUGUAUCUGGUGGGGAAAGCAGCGAACGUAGCACUGCUCGGAGGCUUAUGAUGGCUCAACUGAACAAGAGGAUGAUAAAGGAGACGGAUAUAGAAGAGGAAGAUCCUCGACCAUUCAGCCCUUCAAAGCGACGCCAGAGACGACGUUCAAAACGUCAGUCCGCUAAUCGUCCUGUGGUGUCGACCACAGAUGAAUCCGAUCUUGUUUCGACCAACGAUGCCACGCCAAACCGUUCCAACACCCCUCAAACUCAACCCGAUGAAUUAGCCCCCAACGUCCAGCGCACAUCUUCCAGCACUCCCAUACCCCCGAUACCAAUAUAUCCUCUUGCAACCCCAAGCAUCAACCUCAACGAAACCAUCAACUCCAGCCGUCAAUCCACUCCUGUGCGAGCUGUGCCACCCACUCACUUUGAUCACGCUGCCAAAAAAAACGGGAGAGUGUUCUGA